AGAUGGCACUUAAUUCAUCACAUUUAAAAUGGCUGCCAAAGAAAAACGCUAUUUGAAUGGCUUAAAUUGUUAAUUUUUGCUAUUAUUGAAACUAAUGAUGGUCUGAAAGACAUUGCAUUAAGAACAAAUUUGAGGGAAUCUCACCAUGGCUACAGUGCAACAGCAACAACAACAACAGCAACAACAGCAGCAGCAGCAGCAGCAGACAACACAGUUGGAAUUUCAUCAAGCCAUGGCUGAUUUUAAAACAAUGUUUCCUGAUAUGGAUGAUGAAGUCAUCGAGGCUGUGCUGCGAGCCAACCAAGGGGCUGUGGACGCCACAAUCGACCAACUGCUGGCCAUGAGCACAGACAAUGAGAAUGAGAAACUGCGCAACGAAAUGGAGAAGAAGGAGAACCUGACGGUGACGACUGCCAUCCCAGAGCCUGCCCCCGUUGCCCAGGAGCCGUCACCCGUCAGGAGUCCUCACCCCUCGCCCCAAGUGGAACCACCCAGUCAGACGGACGGCGAUGUCCCCCUAAUGGCCGUGCACGGCUGGGCGCCCCCUCUCCUGAGGCCUCUCCCAGACGACUUCCUGCGUGUGGUCCGCACCACGCCUCAAAAGAAGCAGGCCAUGCUGCUGAGCCAGCAGCUGCUCCAGCGCAAGUACGCGGAGAACCAGCGGGUGCGCGGGGUGCUGAGCGAGGUGGGGGACCCCGAGCUGGACCGCUACCUCGAGGACGAGCGCAUCGCCCUCUUCCUGCAGAACGAGGAGUUCAUGGCGGAGCUGCGCUGGAACAAGGACUUCCUCUCCACCCUCGAGAAAGACCAAGCAGAGGAGAGUCCUCCGGAGGAGAACAUGGCAUCGUUUCCUCUCAGCAAGUCGCUGUCUGGCAGCCACGAUGAGGAUGCGCUUUUCAAGGAGAGACUACGUAACAUGGGCAAGAUGUCUCGCAAGAAAUUUGCACAACUGGCACGAGUGUUCACACGGCGCAAGAAGCGGAGCUCUGCGAAGUCCAUCCUGAGCCAAGGAGGCCCUGCCCCAUCCAGCGACAGCCUUCUGCUCAGUGCCGAGCCAGACCACUUGCUGGAUGACGACGAUGAUGAGGAGGAGGUGCACACCCCCACGCGUCGAGUGAAUUGAGGUGCGCUCGCGUCUGUGUGUCGACAAAGGCUUGGUUGGCAGAGUGGUCGAGAGGGAUGGGCUCUUGCUCCUUCCAUCUUCAUGCUGCUUUGUCGAGGUAUCGUUCCAUCGCUGUAACAGCUGCUGCAACCGGCCACGCCACGCUCUGUCCUCCAGCACCCGGCAGCACUGCUGGUGGUCAGAGGUCGCGUGCCUCGUUUUCACAUCUCUUUGACUCGUACCUUUGACGUACUAUUUGGUUCAGAUGAAAAUGUUGUGUUGAAAUAUCAUCAAUGCAACUUUUAGUAUGGAGUGUGCAUUAUUUUUUUUUGUAUGAAUGCUGCUUAGGUAUCUGAACAGGCCUUAAACAUCGGGGUUCAGUAUUCUUACGCUUAAAUUUCAUUAAACAAGGAAGGAUAUUUGGUAAAUAAUUUUUAAAAAUAAUUACGUUUAACUUAAAUUGUGAACAAUUGCUGACAAAAAAAAAGAUUUGUUUGCACCACAAAAUGUUUUAACUAACCUGAUUUUUAUUUAAUUGAUAGUUUUUAAUCAUUUUUACAACUACAUAGUGCAUCGAAAAUAAUAUCUUGGGAUACCUAUGUGCUAGAAUAUUUAGUUAAAGGUGCAUCCUUGAGAAUCCUACUUUUUGGGCCUUAAUGCAAUAAAUGUAUCAGAAUGGUCAUCCCCGGUCAAAUUAUUAAUAUCCUUUCAAUGUGGCCACGUAUAGCAACCUUUGAAUAAUUUUAUUGGUAUCUUAGUUUUUGAAAAUCAUUGAGUUUAAAUGCAGUAUACCAUUCACAUUUCCUCGAUUGUAAGAUGCCAUGGAUUCUAAUGCAUCUUUCUUUUGAUCUUUAUUUCUGUAAAGAAAAUGUUUUCCCACAAUUGUAAGAUACACUUGGAUUGAAGUUACACAUUAAUUUGUAAAGGGUGAUUGUUAACUAUGGUGCAUUAGUUCAUCUAUGAAGUUUGCUAUCCCCACAGCAGGUUUUGUGUGUAUUUUGUACUCAAGAGCAUCUUUUCUGGGGUGGAGAAGGGGGGGGGGGGGGUUAAUAAAACCACUUUGCCUGCUGUUUGCUUUCAAUAUAUUUCCUUUGUUGGUGGAAAUGAUAGAUUUUUUUUAGAAUUUGUGGGGGAAAAAAAAGGGGGGGGAGAGUUAUAUAUCCUCCCAUCCCCUCACGCUUAUGCUCCUGUUUGUAUUGGCUAACCUUGCAUUUAUUUAGCUGAGCUUAAGAAACCUUAAUUAAGGAGGUUUUACUAUGAAAUGUUGAAAUGUUGAAAUGUUAAGUGCUCGGUGCCUUUCUAAAAUACAACCUUCACUUUACGUGGUGUGCGUGUGACAUCAGCCUUUUACUUUAAUGUAACAACUGACCAGCCACCCCUGUACUUUAUUUGCCAAUCUCUAAAACGACCUUAAUAAAUUUUUAGAAUGUAAGAUGCCAUUGAUUGUAAGAGACACACCAUUUAUUAAGCUUGAAUAAUGACCAAAAAAAUGUACGUCUUACUUAGAGUUGAGUAAACUAUGUCAUGUAUGUAGUUGCAUAGUGCACCACCAAGAAAGUAAAAUUGCUUGGGUUUGUAACUUACAUAUGGUAUGGUCUCUCUGUACAGAUGGUCAGAUAGGGCAUGUAACAAAGCUUGGGGAAGGUCAUGUUCAUUAUCCGUAAACUGAAAAGCUGAGUAGGUCCCCAUUUAGUCAGCGACGCGCAGGUGAAACCACUGCUACUUAUGCCACAGCACGACCCGAAAACCAACAGCACGGCACCCGUGCCACGCGAUCAGCUGUCCUAACUAACGCCACAGGAAUUUAUUGUGCGCGCAACACUAGCCUCAUGCCCCCAAUUACCAACACGUAGCUGUGGUGCCCUACUAGAUAGAGUCUGAACGUAACAAUAUUGAUAGAGGUUUAAUUCAAGGGGCUGCAUGGUAUGCAGUGUAGCAAACCUAUGUUAGACCCGGGCUUACUCGUGUAAACACUCUGCUAAUUAAGGACAUUACAGAAAGAAUAAGAAUAUGUAAGCUCUUUCGUUAUCAUAACUCUUCCUUUGAUAUCAAAACAUUUAUUAUCAGCUAUAUAGCAUUUCUGUGGGUGCCUACAAUAUGCUAGAAAUGCAUGCAGCUUAUACUCAAAAUUUUCUGCAGUGACUGUUGAGAUACAUAAAAGCAUUUUUCUUUUUUUGUUCAUAAUUUUUAAAAUUGUGAAAAGGGGACUUUAAUUUGAGUUCAGGAAACAGUUUUGAAAAUAAAUACCUACAUUGUAAAAAUAUAAUUUUUUGUUCUUCGUAAUUAGUAAGCUAUUUGUUGCUUGUAAAAAAAAAAAAUAUUUAAUUUUUUUUUCCAAUGUACAUGUUUUAUUGAAAACAUUAAUCAACACUUUUCUCUUUCGCUCUAUGGUCGUUUGACUCGCAAACAAAUUCAAACCGUGGGCGCAUGGCAAAUAUAAAAUGCUUUCGUGAACCCUUAAAUUUCAUCACAAUGUACACAAACGUGUACUUGAUGAAACUAAGAUUUUCCAUUUUUAAAUUACUCGGAACGUUAUUCCAGGAAUUAAUAAUAGGGCGCCAGAGGUAAUCAAGAAGUAACAACAAAAUAACACUAUCAAGACUUAUUUUAUUGUUUUGACCAUAAUGAGAAACCUCGAGUCAUGGAAGUAAUAAACAAACAAACAAAUAUUAAAUAAAGUCUAUGUGAUGUCGUAGAUAACCUGACUCUUGAAUAAAAUAAAAUAAAAUAAAUAAAGUUCCUGAAAUUGUUCACUGAGUAAAAAGUUUUGGGGUUUUGCUCCGGCUUGCUCGAGCAUGAAACGCCUAACCUAAAGACUUCUAGAAUUGUGUACAUAUAUUUUGUGUUAAUGUGAGUAAUUUUGCCGAUAAUCGCCGAAAGUCAAUAUUCAACUAAUUUGAUGAUAAUCCAAAGUUUAUACAAUUACAGUUUGCAUACGUUGACGGUAAAAUUUACGUCAAUUUUACUAUAUAGCGAUGAUGCAGACCAUACCUUAACUCUGGAUGAUUAAGGUCGUUCGUAAAAUACGUCGUCACUCACGUGAAUUGAAUGCGAUUCUUCUGCAUUCAAUUACAGGGCGUCAAUUAAUAUUGCCCAGUAUUUUGACGUAAUUUCCAGACCAAUAACGCCGAAAUUAGCAUCGCCACGAAUAAAAUAUUCCCCGAGGGAAUACACUACCACACGCACUAAAUGGCGUCAUUUUCCACUUAUUUCUUCUCUCUUGCCGAAAUUAAAUUGUUGAUUGAAAAGGGCCAAUCAUGGCCGCGACACGUUAGCGUCCUUUUUAAUUAAGCCAAUGAAAUGUCAAUAUUACUCAAGCAUAGGCUCGUUAAAGCUGUUCCAAACACCGCGCGAUUAUUUAUUUUAGUAGUUGUCAUGACGACGCAGCACGAGCUGCGCGCGCCGCCAUGCGUAAAACAAAACAAAACACUGCCGAAAGUAUCGGGAAGCGGUAUUAACCUCGAACGUAAAACAAUAAUAAACAGUUUCAGUUAGUCUGAUAAUACCGUAGUAUUACAACAAUUAUUCAGUAGCUUUCUCUGCAUGAAAUUUGCAAAUCAAUUUUCAUGGGAUCGAGAAUAAUUUAAAUGGAAGAGAUUGAAGACACACUAAACAAAAGUUGCAUUGAUUUUUUUUUACCUUUGACCAUUUUAUAAACCCCCUGUAGGGGUAGAGUGGUCGAGCUCAAAGAGAUGUGAGCGAACCCAGUGCUGCAGCAUUAUGGUCGCUGGCGAGUGCUCAUUCUCUCUGCCGUCAAGACUGUGAUUACCGAGCUGGUUCAAGCACCCUGCCUUAGUCGCUCCAGCAAGUGCUUGGCGACUUGAACUUUUACACCUUAGUGACUUUCAUCUCUGUCUCUGGUCUGCUGACAUCCAGAGUGGCAUAGGCUGUCACAGUUGUUCCAAGGAUGCUGAGCUUACGUUUGCGGCAAUAUGAAUCUAUAAGUAUGCAUGCCUAAGUUAAUUCAAGACCCAUUUUUGUUUUAUUUAAAAUUAAAUAUUUUUCCCUUAUUUUGAUUUUGUAAAUUUUUAAUCCAUACAAUUUUUUAUAAUUUUUUUUCGUAUUGCAGGCAUUUUAAAAAUUUUUUCAAAUAUAUAUUACUCUUCUAAUUUGAAGUACAUAGAACUAGUUUUUUAUACUGCAUAUUUUUAUAUACAAAUGUACUAAAGAAGUGGAACUGAUGUAGGUAUUGUUUUCUUGUUUGGUAGAAUGUGUGGUGUGCAAGAGACAGAAAUGAAGGUGAGUGAAAGAGGAGAUGUCUAUAAUCAAAAGCUAUGGAAGGGGAUUUGAGCCAGAUGUAUUGUAUACAAUUUAUUUAGUGUUGUGUGGACUAAAUGAAGCAAAGACUUAAAGACUACUUAUCGAGCCAGCUUGUGGUCUACUCAGAGAUGGUUAUAAAUAUUGGUAGUUAGUUAUGUUCAUUCAUCUGUACAACCAAAGGUAGAGUUUCUUAAAUUUGCAACUCCUCCUGCCAUUGGUGCUUGAGCUAUUGCUAAUGUCGAUGUUUUGCUCAAUAGAAAACACAGUGUUACCACAAAAGGAUUUUGUUCACAGAGUGUGUUGUUUUAAGUAAUGAUUUUAACAAUUGUUUCUUUGUUAGUAAACAUUUAAUGAUUUAGUUGACGGUUGGGUGAUGAAAAACAUCACAUUUAUCUGUAGUUCAGACUUUUGUAAGUUUCUUCAGUUAUUAGCUAAAACUUAGUUAACAAAUGACGACAAGGAAACAUUAAAAUCCUUAAUUUUUGUAUAUCAUGGGAUAAGUACUUGCAUGUGCUGGAUCAUAAAAUUUUGAUCACAAGCUUAACUAUGUUAUUCACAAUGCUCAAAAUUAAAUAUUGCACCUAGGCAGAAUCAGAAAACAGUUUUGAGAAGAACCCAUUGUAAUAGUAUGUCCUUCCUAAUUUCUAAUGCAUUUGUUUCUUAUAAAAAACACCAGUGAAUGUGUUUUUAUUUUCACUGGGUACAAAUGAGAUUGUUGUAUACAUUGCCUGUUUUUGGUACCUUACACAGACUACUUGCGAAUACUAGCCUAAUGGAUCCAGUGCCUAGGGAUCCACUAAAAGUGCAUCGUAGUGGAUGCAGCCAUAAUUUUUCUUUUUCAACAUUUUGAUGUUGAAAUUCUCAUUUUAAUAUUAAUAUAAUUUUAAUGAAAAGAAACCGUAAUAUGAAGACAAACGUGGACAUAAUUUGAGUGGUUUAUUUAUGUUUCUGACAAACAUAUUUCAGUUUGAUUAAAUAAAAAUAUUGGUAUCAAGUAAAGUAUCAAGACAAAAUGGUUGUUUCAGUAGUAGAACUAGUAAUUACAUCCGUGGUUGUUACUCAUUUCUGUUCUUUGACGUACUCACAUUUACGAAAUUACUCCCACCAAAUGCUCUGUACCAAGAUCUAAGAUGUUACACAUCAAAAAUACAAUAGUGGGGUAAGCAAAAGAAAUUACCCCAUCAUUUUCAAUAGAAACCAUGGAAACCGAUAAAAACUAACUCGGGUCAAAACUGGUUUCAACGAAAUAUUUUGUAACUGUUUGAAUGGAAUAUUUAAAAACUUUUAAUUACAUUUUAAUCACACAUCAUUAUACUUUUAAUUGUAACUUACUAACCCAUUAUUAUUUUACAUUUGAAAGAUUGAAUUAUUGCUGUAAUUUAAAUAAGUAAUAUCUAAUAAAUAAAAAAAAUUAACAAAUAAAUUAAUCUAUAUUCAUAACUUAAUAUUUUUGAACAAUAGAUUUAUUAAUUUUUUUUAAAUUGUUUAAAUAAAAUGUUAAGUAAACGAGAAUCGAAACCUGAGCAUCCGGGCAGCAAGCAAAUACGUUACCACCUUGGCUAUUGUGAAACUUAACUGUGCUUAAAUUUUCUAAGCCUUUUUUUCUCUGAAUUGCCUGGCCAGUGCGCUUUAUUAUAUUCAAGGGAUGAACACCUUAAAGGUAGAGUACUAAUACACAGAAUCUCAUUCCGAAGUGAAUUUCCCAAAUUGUACCCUCUCCUUGUUAGUUAACACUCCUUGAACAUGGGUUCGUUGCAACUCUAAAUUCGGUUUUCUGAUUCCUCAUUGUUAGAGACCUGCAAAAUUCGCGGUUUUGAUGGCCUUCAGGAUAGACUGCACAUAGCCCUGUACACUCGGGCAAAUAACGCAAGUUCAUUGGCUGCCGACUUGUCAGUCGUCUCAGCUGGUUUGUCUGUGAUUCGAUCCUUCUUUGGUUGAGGGUUAUAACUGGUUGAGAUUCGUCCAGAUGAACAGUAAGCCAAUAGCAAAAUUUUCUAAGAGGUAUAUGUGGUUGAAUUCUAGCCUAUCACCGAAUGAAUCCGCGAAUUUUGCAGGUCUCUACUCAUUGUUUGUGUUUUUUUUUGACAGCUGGUGCAUUAUUGCUUGGGCACUGCAGUAUCUCUCAUGAAGUGCUUAGUAAGUGUGUUUUUCUUCAUCUUGCUUAUCAUUACCCUCUGCCCAGUCUCAUACUCAAUGGGUGUCAUAAAAUGAAGCAAGACCUUUGUUAGCUAUUGUAGCUUGUCGACAAAGUCCUCAGUAGAAAUUAGUGUACUGUAGAAGUUUUAUUAAAUCUCCCUGCAGCAUUUGUUUACUCAGAUAACAUGACUUUUUCUAUUAUUUAAUGGUUUGAGUCAGUGAAGAAGUUUUUUGGGGCUACUGGCCUGAAACCAAAAUUUUGUCUUGUCUACUUAAGUUAUUAGUUUACACAUCAGGUGUCGUUACAUCCAGAUUGCGCUUUAAACACAUGGAAGAUAAGUGCUUCUUCAAUAUUUUAAAUAGUCGAAUUAUGCUUCUACGAAUCCACAAAACCAGUGAUGGAGUGUAAAUUAAGGGUUGAAAUGAGAUAGGGCAGUUUGUAAUUUCAUGACAUAUCCUUGUAUAUUCUACCAAAAAUUUUUAUAUUACUAAACUUUUUAUGUUUUGCUGUAGAUGCAAUAAUUUUGAUACAGAAUCUCGAAUCUGCUUGCUGGUCUAGGUCUAUUACCCAGUAAUGUAAGCAAAUAUUGCCACCCCUUAAACGUGAUAAUUUAGCCAACAAGCUUUUGUAAAUUGUGUCAUUUUGGGACUGUUCUGUAUUUAAGGCAGCCAGCAAAUUAUUGAAUAGUUGUGGACAGCAUGUUCAGGUAACAUCAGGUGUGCAUUUCUACACAGACUGAUGAUUCUAGGUAUGUGUUAAUUCUGCACCUUUUUUUUCCCCAUCUUUCUACCAUCUACUCCUUAUCAUCUUAUCCAUAUAAAGUACAGAGCACACUUUUUUUUACUUAAAUUAUGCAUCUCAACCCUGUCUGCUGUGAUUUUCAAUUCUAAUCCUGUUUCUUCUGGUAACUGUAUAAGUUGGACCAGUAUUUAGGCACUGUUUAAGGAACAAAUUAGGUAUUGUUUUUGUUGUGCAUCAACAUAGUUUAAUUUGUUACAUAUAAUGUGGGUUUUUAAAUGUGAGAAAACAAGGCAAGGCUUUUACAUAAUAUGUGUACUACAAGCAUAUUUCACCUUCUUUUAUUGUUACCCAAGCUAAUUGUUACCUUUAAGAUCAUUUAACGAAUGUGAAAUGGAACGAAGUAUGAAAGCAUCAUGUAAUAAUUUAUCUGUACAUGCUGCCGUGAGUGAUUUGUAAUUUGGCCGGCAAGAAAGUUUUAUUAAUAUACAGAAAACGUCUUGCCAUUGUGACGUUGAAGACUGCGAUAAAUAAUAAACUAGUCAUUUUUUAGAUUGUUGUUACAAGUAGUUGAGCCAUGCUGCUUUAUUCACCUUAUAUGUAUUUCAUAACCUUUUCAGAUAUUUCUGUGUGUAAGAUAUAUAAUAUAUUGUAUGAUGUUUUUUAAGUCUUUAUUCAUGUAGUAUAUGAGGGCCUAAUUUGAUAAUGUUUUAUAUACCUAGUAUGUAUGUUCCUUUCUGAUAAGAUAUCAGUAUUUAAUUACAUUGUAAGUUGCAGUAGUCAGUAUUAUUUUAUAAAGUUAGUUUUGUGCCAUUAUGUUAACAAAUUAAACUGGUGAUUCUGAAAAUAUUACCUAUCCACAUAAAACAGUGUCAUAAUAUAAACAUUUGAAAUGUGGUACAAGUUGUUUAUACUCACUCAGUAUAGUUUGUUAUAUGAGAAAUAAUAAUUAUGUAUUAGGGUCUAUAAAACUUGCAAGAUGUAAACAGUUAUCAGAGUUCUUACCUAGUGGCUCAUCAUGGUACAGAGUUAUAUACCUAGCACUCUUCUGUUACUUUCUGUUCUGAAUGGGGUGGAAUUACAAUUUUUUACUAAACACUUCUUGUAAAAUAAUUUAAACAUUUAAAGCUUCAUGUUCCUUACAUCAACUGUGAGAAAAUUAUCAGUGGCAGUGGUUGUAACAUCCCUGCUUAUAUUUAAUUUUAAUGUACGAAUUAAAUUUUUUUUUCACAUUAUAUUUAUUUAUGUACAAUGUUCAUGCAAACUUCACCCAAAUAAAAUGUUAGGUCUAGAUUAAUGAGUGAAUUGAGAUGCUACUCAAAGACAUAACUAAAUUUUUGUUCAAAUUGGUAUCAUAUUAGAUAGUGCAUGUAGCCCUAAAUAAUGAUGGUAAGAAGUACAACUAUCCAGCUAUAUUUUUGAAUACUCAAAGUGCCCUGGCUAGUGUUAAGGAGUUAAGCAUUAAAACAGUUUGUGUUUUUUCCUUGGUCUCCUGUAUUCAAGCAAAAAGUUUUCCGUUGUAAUGGGCAGACCUGUCUGCAGCCAUCUGCCAUGGCAUGAGAAGCUGGUAUUCAAAUCGAAACUGUUAACAAGUAUUCAAUAUUUGAUUCUUAACAAGAAAUUCAAGUGUUCUCAGUCCACUUAAGAACCUAAAAAUUUCUAACAUAUUUUAUGUUUACAGGUUAUGGUGUAGUCUCUGAAGUAAAAACUAAAUUUUGAAGUAAAAAAACUUUAUUUUAUUUUACUCUAAACAUUUCCAUUAAAUACCAGAAACAUCUGUUUCUAUUACAUAUAACUAUGAUCCUUGUUCCAUUUUGUUCAAAACAUAAGGUAGCAGAUUGAAGUAUAUGUUUUUAUUUUUUUUUUGUUAAGGCUAAACAACAUAUGGAUAUGCCUAUUCAGUAAUGUUAAUAGUUUUUUUCCAUAGUUUAAUUUUAAAAGUUCUUAGAAUAACCGUAGUUCACCAUAGCAGAUGUUUAAUAACUAAGAAUUAUCUGUGCAUAACAAUUCGUUGCUCACUUCUCGCUAUCCAGGGAGAGUAGUGGUGCCUUUUUUCUGAAUAACCAGUUUAACUUUGGAUGCUUUGGCAAAUAGAAUGCAUAUGUGUAGAUUAGGUACAAGUACAUACAAAUAUUAUAAUUUCAGUAAAAACUACUGUAAAUAAUCUCCAAUAUUUUUAUGAAAAUUGUAUUUAACAUAUCAUUUGUAUGAGUCUGUAUCAAUUCAUUCAUCUUGUAUAUUUUGUUGGCUGGAAAACCAUACUUUUAAAUAGGUUUUUUUUUUGUUUGUGUGGCCACGACUGUUCAAGUUUAUAGUUAAUGCAUUAUAAAGUACUGAGAAGCUAAUAUUUAGCACUUUCAGCAAAUUGCCAAAAAUAAUUCUUAUUUCCAGGACAUGUUAAUUCAUUUAAAUUAAUUUUUGUUCUUUGCUAUUUCAUUUACAAAAUUUAAAUUUAUUACAUUUAUAACUAUGUUGAGUAGAAAAAGUCCUUUUUUUUUUUUUUUUUUACUUAACACAAACAUUGUGAUUUUUUGCUGUAUCUUAAAUAUUACGUAAAUAUGUGUGAAAUUAUUAUUAUUAUUUUUUUAAAUAAUUUAAAUUUAAUGUAAGAUGAAGAGUUGUAUUUAUAAAAUGUUCAACAAAAAAAAACCAACAACCUAUCAAAAAAAGCAGUUAUUCAUACAAUAACUAUGUUUGGUAUUAGAAAGCUGGGAUUUUUUUUGGGAACUGAGAAAUAAUGUGGAGCAUCUAAUAACCAAAAUCUUUAAACCUACAGUAUUUUAAUUAAGUUUGUGUGUUUGUUGAUGAGUUGAUGUUAAUGAAUUUUAUAAAUGUUAGUUAUCAAAAAAAAUUAUUUAUAAAUUUAGCUUAAUGAGUUAGUGAAUGCACGCACAUAUGCAUUAAAAAAAAAUACACAUAGGCACCUGCGAAACUUAAAAUAACGAAGACAAGUCAAUAAUAAAAAGCUCAAUACAAAAACCAAAUCAAAUAGUAAAUGAAAAAAUUUGUUGUUCCAAAAACAAUAUUUGGAGGUUAGGUCUAAAAUUGCCGAAUUGCCUUUUACAAUAAAUACAAUAUUGAACAAACACUUGUGUGCAAACAUGCCAGGAAGCAUUGUGCAUAGUACAAUGUGGCUGACAGUAAACACACUGAAGUUUCAACUAGUUUCUUCCCAGUGGCCCUUCUUGUGAGAAAUAACUGUGUUCCGGGAAUGGGAGGAAGUUUCUAUCACUGUCAAGUAUUUUACCUUGCCUUGAGAGGCGGUCAUUGAACGGUCAGCUAGCAGGAGACAUGGAACAAAGCACUUGGCACUUGGCAAGGGAGGCACUGGGCGGUUGCAGCAAAAGUGUGUUGGAAUGUGCCUCCUAGUGUCCAAGGCCACGUAGGAGAAAAAAAGACUACAACCCCCCCCCCCCCCGCCCCCACCUUUCUGUUGCUAAAAAAGAUACUGAAUACCAAAACAUUCCAAAUGCAACAUGUCAAAGUAACAUUACCGUAUUUAAUUGCAUAAUGUCCGCACACUUCUUUUUAAAUACUUGAAAUGGAAUUUUUUAAUCCGCAUAAAGUCAGCACCAGACAAAGCAACCUUGGUAAAUUUAUCAACAUGUUUAUCUAACAUCGCGUUGCUGAGAGGCUUCCUAAUUUUGUUUUCAUGUAAGAUAUGAUACGCAACGUAAAGAAAGUGUCAGCUGUAACAGAAUGGACAUACAUACAUUCUUACAUGUCAGGAAGACAAGGCUCUGCUUUGUUUUUGUUAAAAAUUCCUGCUCAGCCUUUUCCACGCUCUGCACUCCUUCCCCCGCUUCAGUAAAGCAGGGCAGGAGGGGACUCGCAUGCACAGAUGUCUGCCGGUAACUUUUUUUAUACACACAGUGGGCAAGGGACAGGGAGGGAGGCUCGCCGGCGCCGGCUAAUGCAGACAUUGUUAGUGGCCAUCUCAAUGAAAUAUUAAAAAAAUAUUGUUUCACGCAAAGCGUUUAUUUUGUGUAGGCUGGCUGCGGCUUCUGAACGUAAGAGCGCACACGCGAGUGAGAGAAGAAGAAAAAUGAGUGGCUUCUUGCACUAAUCACCGGCACGCAAUUAUCUCGACACCUGUCACAUUUCUCACGUCCGCUGCGGAGGGUCGCCAGUCACCUAGCUCUGCGAAGUAAUGUGCCGCCGUUAAUAUUUUUCAACUGGGCCGAGGGAAGGGUGCCAAUUUUACGAAGCAGCGAUUUUACUAAUGCAAUCCGCGGAACCGUGAGCAUACGUAAAAUCAAACUAAUUAUGAGAGGACAAUUUUUUUUUCGGACUUCACCUCAUAAUGUCCGCUCCCCAUUUUUUUUGUCAAAAAUGUAGCCAAAUUACUGCGGACAUUAUGCGAGAAAAUACGGUACAUCACAUAUCCUUUAUUAUUCAGUUUUUGAACAAAUAGACAAAAAAACUCAAUUUGACAGAUUCUUCUUAAAUAAUAUAUUUGAUUCUAAUAGUUUAUCAAUUGAAAUUCUUGAUUCGCAGAUGCCUAAUACACAUUAAGUUUUCAAUAUUAUUUUAUAGCUGUUAUCACAAGAAGUAUAUCAAACUAGUCACGUUGAUUAUCAAUCAUAUAUUUUAAAAAAUCCUUUAUCAUCCCUGUUUAAUUAAAUAGGAUGAGAAGUUAUUUGAUUAAGUUUUAAAGUAUUGAGUUCAUCUAAUAUUUAGUUUUUAGUUUCACUUGACUGCAUAUGUGUUAUGAUCUUGCUGUGACCAUGCACUAGUAUUUGUUAAACAUAAAAACUCUGUGUUAUAAAUAAGCGUUACGGAUAACAUUACUUUAUGGUUGUAUGGAAGAUUUCAUUCGUUAACUCGUGCACCGCUGUUGUCUCAAUGCGAGGCAUAAAGUGUAUUCUGUUAAUAGUACAAGUUUUCACAUUAGUGGAUGUUCACGUCCUACCUUAAUGAUUAUGUAAUAUUCUUUUACAUAAUUUGGACCUCAGAAAAUAUAAUAAUAAAUUUCUCAAUUAACUUGGUCCAACUCAUUUUCUUUUAAACCUAGGUUCUCACAUAAUGUUAUGAUGUUAAUUGAAUUUUGAUUUCAAAGAAUAAAAGUUCAGUUAAUUGGGUAAAUUAUUGAUUGAACUCUGCAGUACUUUUUUUUUUUUUUUACUGAAUUUAAAUCAGUAUAAGAGUAGCAAACCCUACACAUCAUGGAUUUAUAGAAAAAAAUUAUGUUAAAAUUAGUUUGGUUAAACCUACUACAAAAAGAGUUAUUCAUCAUAUUCUCAAACUCAAAGCAUUGUAUAUUAAAUUGUAUAAUGUACUCAAUAAUAUAGCUGUGCUGAUAUGAAUCGGUAGAAGCAGAUUUUGCUGCUAUUUAGUUGGGAUUAGCAGGAAAACAUGCAGUGUGUGUAACUUCUGCAAAUAUGAUCUUUUAUUCUCCCAGUAACAUAUUAGGUUGAUGUUAUCAAGUUCUGUAGUCGGACAGGAAAGCAAACAAAGUGAGAAAAUUACACUGAGAAAAUUGCACUAAAAAAGACUCUGGGUAUUAUACUUGUGUUUCCAGCUUUGAUCCAGAAGCCGUAUGGUGGUUUGCCACUGAGAUUAUCAAAUAUAAUUUAUUUUUACAUUUUGCAAGAAUAUAUAAUUUAUUUUGCUUAGCACAACUGUUCUAUAAAGCCAAUAAGUAAUAAAAAAUUCUAACUACUAACAAAAAAACUUAUCUAAUACCUAAGAACAGUUGUAUUCAACUUUGUCAAGUAUAGAAAAAUUUUAAUUGGUACUCAUUGCUGUCAUUAUUAUGCAGUGUCAAAAGGUGUCAAGUCACUAACCAUCCCACCUAUAAAUUUGUAAAAUGAUUAGUUAGGCAUUGUUAUGAAUGUGUACAGGUAAGUAUUUUAAGUGCAUGGUUCGAUGUCAGAUCACAGCAUAUAUCAAGUGACUUUGAGAAAGAAAUUAUGUUAUUUGCUUUCAAAUCUUGAUCCUGAAGGUGGGAGAAGGUACACAGCACCACGAAUUUUACUUUGUUAUCAUGUGCUUGACUGAUGAUAGUUGUGCCGCAUGUAUGAGUUCUUUGUGAUAAAUCUCAUAAAUUUUGUAAAGUGUAUUUUUGUGUGUAAUUUAUUUACUCAAAAUUAUAUUUGGAUUUUGUUAGCUAGUCUGUCAAUUUACAACAGAGAUGUGUUUUAAAUUUCAUAAUUAUGUUGGUUAAUAUGUAUGUUAUUUUGUAGUUUAUUUUUAAAAUGUAUAUUAUUUGUUAUAUUUUUAUUGUUAUAAUAUACAGCUUGUGUAGUUGAAAAUACUAUUUUAAUUCUCCCUCAUAAAUAUAUAUAAUUUUUUUUACUGCAAAGCAGUAUUCCUGCAAUGGUACACAUCUUUACUAUUAAUUUCACUCUCCAAAAUGUUUGGUGUGGAUUAGGAAUGGGCCAAUCAAAUCCUCAAGACCAUAAAAUCCUUAGUAUUUCAAGGAUUUGAUAUUUGAACAUUGAGAGGAGAUAAAGUAAAUUAAAAAAAAAAUUAAACACUGAUAACAUCAAAA